AGUGAACCAUUUUUAAUAUCUAUUUUUCGUCCCUUCCCUUGUAACAUAGCGAAUUAGGGUUUUGCGCAUAUCAUCAACUGAGUGAGCUCUCAUCGACCGGCGAAAACCGUCAGAGAUGGGAAGAGAACCAGCAGCAAAGCCGCAACAACCAGGGCAAGAAACCGAAUACACCGUCGAUCAGCUCGUUGCAUUCAAUCGUUACAAUCCCGAUAUUUUUCCAGAUCUCGAAAACUCUGUCAAUGAACAGGUUUCGUCUCAGACUUACAGCCUCGAAUCAAAUCUAUGCCUUCUUCGCCUCUACCAGUUUGAACCUGAGAAAUUGAGUUCCCAGAUUGUAACUCGCAUGCUGGUUAAGGCCCUCAUGGCUAUGCCGGGUCCAGACUUCAGUCUAUGUCUCUUUUUGAUUCCGGAACGUGUGCAAAUGGAGGACCAGUUCAAGACACUGAUUGUUCUGUCUCACUAUUUGGAGACUGGAAGAUUUCGUCAGUUCUGGGACGAAGCAGCCAAAAACCGUCAUAUACUUGAUACUGUGCCAGGAUUUGAGCAGGCAAUCCAAGGGUAUGCAGUUCAUGUCCUAUCACUGACUUACCAAAAGGUUCCUAGAACUGUGCUUGCUGAGGCUAUCAACAUAGAAGGUUUAGCUUUGGACAAAUUCCUUGAACACCAAGUAGCCAACUCUGGUUGGGUAAUUGAGAAAAGUCAGGGCAGGGGUCAACUCAUCGUCCUUCCCAGAAAUGAAUAUAAUGACCCUAUUUUGAAGAAAAACACUGCUGAAAGUGUACCAUUGGAGAAUAUUACUCGCAUCUUCCCUAUUCUUAGCUGAUUUUUCUUUAGUGGACUGUAAAUUUUCUUUUCAGAAGAUGUGCAAAUUUGAGAUAGUUGCAGCAACAUCUUGCAGACUCACCUACUUGGAUUCUUCAAUUUUUGAAUUAGUGAGCAGUUAUUGUAAUUCACUCUAACUUUUUGCAUUAAUGUUUUGAAAUCGUGCUUUAUAA